AGCAGCUGGGGAACAGGAGCCGUCAGACGGAUGAAGUUUGUCCCUCCCGGCUUCCGUCCGCCUGCAGAUCUUUUUGUUUCUCAGCAGAGACUCGAACUCAAAGUUCAGACGAGAGGAAAAGACCGAGACGUUUGUUUGAGAGGGAUCCGACUCAGAGAGAGAGAGAGAGGAAGAGGAGGAGGAAGAGGGAAAGUGAGACUGAGGAAGACAACACAGACGGACGCCUGUUGAAUAGUCUGUUGUGUGUCUGUGUGUGUCUGUAUAUGUGUGUGUGUGUCCGUGUGGGUGCAUAUAACACCACAGUGCAGUGCGUGGGCAGCUGAACAGGCUCUUGUGUAUCAGCUCCACCAUGAGGCAGUGACAGCACUGGGACAGCGAUGGCAGAGCUGGAGAUCGACCAGUCCAACCUCCCACGCGUCCAAGAAGUGUGCCAGUGCUUUGCCGUUCUGGAGGAUGGAGCGUUGGCACACAACCUGCAGGAGCAGGAGAUCGAGCAGUACUACACCACCAACAUCCAGAAGAACCAGCUGGUGCAGAAUGACAUCCGUGUGGCCAAGAGGCUUCAGGAUGAGGAGGAGGAUCAGCGAGCCCAGCAGAGCGCCGACCUCCGACAGGCGUCCAGACAACUAGAGGAGCAGGACCUGGAGUACGCCCGUGUCAUUCAGGAGGAGCUCCAGCGCUGUGCUGAGGAGGCCCACAGAAGAGAACAGGAUGAUGAGGAAAUAGCUAAACGAAUGCAGGACGAGGAGGAGCAGAGGAUCCGAGCGAGGAGCAGAGGGCAGGAGGGCCGCGGAGAAGACAGCGCCGGUGACUCUGCUCUGCCGGCCACACACCAGCACACACUCAGCAGCCAAGGAGGGGAGCAGUGCUCAUCUUCCACCACGAGGUGGCAGUAUUCUACCAACCAUUCAGACCUAACUGGGACUGGGGCUGCCUCCCACAGGGGACCAGUAGCUCGGGAAAGCACAACUUCAGGGUCAAAUCAAGGACACACAGAUUCCAUUAGGCCGAUCAGGGAAGAGUUGAGAGAGGCUUUGAGCGAGGACUCCGAGGAAUCUGACACAGUUUUCUCUGCUCAGCUCUCUGACUGGUCCCAGAGACCCAAUAGAAGACUAAACACAGCCCCCCCUCAACACCGGGCCGCUUCACGUUAUCCACAAGAGAGAAACUACAGAAGUCUUAACUCGCGCAGCAGCUUCAGAGGCUGGACCGAGGAGAGAGGGGAAGGGGAUUAUUAUGACAAUGAGUGUUACGACAGAGAGAAGAGGAGGCAUGGGAGUCGGCAGCAGGAGAGGAGCCACAGAGAGGAUUAUGAGCGAUGGCAGAGGAGCGGGGAUCAGGAUCGAGACUCCGGGUCGGUGGAGGGGAGAGAAAGGCGAUGCAGCCGCAGUGAAUCUGUCAGGUUACCCGACAGGAGUAGACACAGCAGCCGAGACCUAUCGAGGACCUGGAGUCAAAGGGACAACCCAGACAGACGUGUCCACUUUCAGGAGGACACCAGGAACUCGAGCAGGCAGCCGGAUGAAAGCGGACAGGUCUGGGAGAUGCUCGGCCAGGUCCUCAGGGAGAGGGGUGUGGCUGUGACGGUGGGGGCCCGCGGGGUGCCUCUUCAAAUAGGGCCUCAAAGCCGAGACAGCCAGGUGCUUCAGGGGAGCGAGGUCUCCUGCUGCAGCUCCCGACCACAUCACAGAGACUUCCAGAGGGCGGCCACCACCAGGCACAGUUUCCAUGGAGACAUCAGGAAGAGGAGGGUAUCGUCACACCGGGAGAACAGCGGGAGAGAUCACAGAGAAGAGCCGGACGGGUGCUGUGACCCCGGGGAGCGUGGUGGAGAGGUUAAUGAGAUCAGCAGCCGAGAAUCCAAUCUCGCGAGCGGGGAAAUCCGAGGCAGUAGAAGGUGGAGCGAGCACAGAAACACUGAUGAAGAGGCGAGGGGGAGGAAUUCAAAUGAUUCCCGGGUCAAGAGGUCAACGAGUGAACGCCGGCCUCGGCACAAGACCACAGAACGAAGGUUAAGCUCGGAGGAGGUGCGGGAGGUGGAGGGGAGGGCGGAGUGGCCCCCUCGACGAGCUCCACAGCGGAGCCUAAGCCUCAGCAGCACCGGGGCCUCCUCCAUGGAUAGGUCAAGGCCCGAGGCAGAAGGUGUGUCACUGAUACCAGACCCGAGUGAGACAAGCCUGAACCUUGGGGAAUUGCAUCAGGUCCUGAGGGAUGAAGAGCUCGCCCGCAAGCUGCAGGAUGAAGAGGACAAGCUGCUGAGGAGGAUCAGUGAUCCAAGGAGCUCCCAACCCCCCCCACGUGGUCCGCACCCACAGGGAGACUUCAGGGUGGCACAAGUGGCGCAGGACGAGGAAAUCGCACGUUUUAUGCAGAAGCAGGAAAUCAAAUCAAAGCGCCGAUCGCGAGAGCUCGAGGGGCCGGGGUCGUGGCGUGAGCACAGAGCGAUGAUCAGUCACCAUGAUAGACGAACGGCCAGAGAGAGACAGGUCCAGCGAGAGAGACUGGACUCAGAGGGACUUCCUUCCCCCACAGAGGACUGCUGCCCGGAGAACCAGCCGCCCAGUCCCAGUCCCAGCUCCACUUUACUACCGGCCCAGCAGAUCAGAAACAUCGCAGAGGAGCUGGACCCGACCUUCCAGGCCCGGAGGCAGGACACGGAGCGCCUCCCUGUGGAACAAACUGGUCCGGCGUGUCAGUCACUUCCUGUGCCGCAUUCUGGCUUAAACGGCUUCCUCGUGGAGCCGGCGUUCAUCCCCCCCACAAAGCGGCAGCCCGAGAAAUCAACGCACUCGAAACCAAAAGAGAAGAAGGAAAACUGCAAGCAGCAGUGAUGUCCAGCACAGUGUCGGACUGAUGGAGUGAAAAUAUAUCUCACAGCACUAAAUAUCCGUUCUCACGAUCUUAUCACUUUGAGGUUAAAAGAGUUUACUGGCCACUCCCACAAGCACUUUAGACCAGUGGAACAAAUAAGUGACUUUUAAGAAAAGUCAGUGACAACACUUUGGACUCAUGCCUUCACGAUUAUCAAAGGGAAAACUGAGGCUUAUUGAAGUAUUGUUUGAAUUCAUCAGUGUUGCGUGUUUAAUUUAAACAGUAUAACAAUGA